GAUCUUCCAUAGACAUUUUGUACGUAGUGGCAGACCCUUUAUGUUGAAACCUUAAAUGCUCGCCCUGCCCGACUGCAAUCUUCACGACACCUUCAGACAGAGGAUGGCGUGGCGUGACAUGCGGGAAGCAGGAAGACACGACAACCAGCACGACAGUUGGGACACUGCGAGGAAAGUGCGAGAAAAGUUCGUAGCCUGUGGUCCAACAAAGUCCACCAGCUUUAGAGCGAUGCUCCAUAAUCACAUCACACAAACGCUCUCUAACAGCGGAUACCUUGGAGAGCACUUUGGCACAAAUUCCAGUCGCAUGAAGCGUAACGCACCUUACGAAGUUGAAAUCACAAACGGUUCUCAUCCAAAGAUUGUCCGUCGGACCUUCACAAACAGCCGUGAGCGCUGGCGUCAGCAGAAUGUGAAUGGAGCAUUUGCUGAACUCCGCAAGAUUAUUCCCACACACCCGCCUGACAAGAAACUUAGUAAGAAUGAGAUUCUUCGCCUUGCCAUGAAAUACAUUAACUUCCUUGCCAACUUGGCGAGUGAUCAGAAGGGGUUGAUGUUUGAAGGGGUUGAUGGCAAGGUACCUAAAGAUAAAGAGACAGACAACCUAGGCAAGGUGAGAGAGAAGCUGAUGCAGGACAUGCUGUCUCCCAAUUCCAGUUGUGGGAGCUUGCUGGAUGAAGAGAGCAGUCCCGAGAGCUUCUCUGAGGAGGUGGAUUCCUACUUGGAGACGUGGUCCACGUCACAGGGACACAGGGACAAUCAACAAUUAUAUAAUCUAGUGCAAAGAAAGGAGUAGAAAUUAUUUUAAAAAAAAAACAUGUCUUAUGACAGAAUAUAAAAUCCCUGCAAUGCAGUCAUGGUCAGUAACUGACUUAGUAACCCUUUGAGAACUGUUUUUUCAAUGCAUUUACAGGAGCUAUGUACUUCUGCUGCUAUGAAAUGUCACAAUGUAGGCUAACGCAUUUUAAAGUACAGUUCCGACUAGGGGUGUUACAAUAUAACAGUCCAGUAUGGAUGAUAAUGGUAUUUACAAAAACAAUGAUCAAUAUUGUGUUAAUAAUAAAAAAAAUGUUCAUAUUGUAUAUAUAUUUUUUUUAUCAGUUCAUCUGAUUGCAGUUUCA